CCCAUCCCCAUCCCCUAACGCCAGCAUGUCUAAACCAGCCGACCACAUCAAGAGACCGAUGAACGCCUUCAUGGUUUGGUCCCGGGGCCAGAGGAGGAAGAUGGCUCAGGACAAUCCGAAAAUGCACAACUCGGAGAUCAGUAAGAGGCUUGGGGCCGAGUGGAAGCUGCUCUCCGAGGCUGAGAAGAGACCGUACAUUGACGAGGCCAAGAGGCUCAGAGCUCAGCACAUGAAAGAGCACCCAGACUACAAGUACCGACCCCGGCGCAAGCCUAAGAACCUGCUGAAAAAGGACAGGUACGUCUUCCCCCUGCCUUACCUGGGCGACGGCGAUCACUUGAAAGCCGCGGGGCUCUCCAUGUCCGCUGCCGACUCGCUCCUGGGCGCCUCGGAGAAAGCCAGAACGUUUCUGCCGCCCACCUCGGCGCCUUACUCGUUGCUCGACCCCAGCCAGUUCGGCUCCAGCGCCAUCCAGAAGAUGACAGAGGUCCCUCACAGCCUAGCUACCACCUUGCCCUACGCUUCCAGCCUGGGUUACCAAAGCGGAGCGUUCGGUAGUUUGAGUUGUCCCAGCCAGCACACGCACACCCAUCCCUCGCCCACCAACCCUGGCUACGUGGUCCCCUGUAACUGUACCGCCUGGUCCACCUCCACUUUACAACCUCCCGUGGCUUACAUACUCUUCCCAGGAAUGACCAAAGGUGGUAUUGACCCUUAUGCCUCGGCGCACGCAGCUGCCAUAUAAACUUGCAGCUUCGACAACAGCAAGAGAUUAGAUAGAGACACAUAAACACAACAGAAGAAAAAAAAAACAAUACACACACCGAAACCCUUCUCUUGCGAACUGGAAUUCUGCAUUGCAUGUACGACACAAACACAAAACAAUGAGAGAGAGAAAGUACAAAGAGACACUGGCAUUCGAAACACCGAGGUUUGGAAGGGGAGUCCGCGGGACAGUAAAUUGCUCAGAUCUGGGACUGAAUGUUUCAAAAGCAAAACAGGACAGGAUUUCUCCUGGCUCCUGGAGUAUUUGCAAUGUGCUCGACUUAAAGCGGAGAGAAAACAAAACUCCGAUCUUUAAAAAAAAGAACAAAACUGCCUUUGAUGUGAUAUCUGACAUUGCAUGUAAAGCGAAGGUUCCCAAGAAUCGAAACUUAUUUUUCCCUCUUAUAGUCUGACUGCGGACUCUAAAGUAAGGCAACUUUGCGACGGAUACUGAAUCCUGCCUAGGUAAUCGUGCUGCUUACGGCGGAUGAGCGACUGUGUAAAAUUGUAGAUGUUUCUGUUCGAAAUAGCUGCCACUUUUUUUGUGAAAAAAGUAGCAGCGUCGGUUUAUUUAUUAUCUUGUAUAAUGGACUAUAAUACCACGUGUGUUUCUUUUUUUGUUUAGGAACUGAAUUCUUUCAACGUAUUCAUAUUUCCUUUUGCAUAUUCGAAACGAAACUUGUGUUAAAACGUUGUCAGUUACUAACCAGUAAUAAGUAAACCAUCUGCCGAUUUCGACUUGAA